AUGAAUUACAUUUUAAAAGUAAGUGGUGUUCCCGGUACAACUUAUCAGGCGUUUGCCCUGACGAACGUGCCAUACUUCGAAGGCCUGUGUGUCCCGACGUACGUGGAAGUGAACCUGGCGCGCGGCAUUUCGCCUCGCAUCUUGUGCCUCUUGAAGUGCCGGCAACUUCCUACGUGCACCUUCUUCACCGUCGCAGGCUCAGUUUGCAAGUUAUGGACGUUUACGCUGGACGAGAGCUACCAUCUUGGGAACUUCACGACUCCUACGGUGACCUCCUACUGGCCCAAGCUCGGGCCCACGGCCCCACGCCGCGACGUAGCCCUCAUGAAGCCUGCUACGUCGGGAAGCAUCUACUGGAUCUUCCAAUCUGGAGCCAUGCUGACGUACGGCUCGAUGUGUUUCCCGAAUCCGAACAACUGCACAGCGACGAACUUUUCCGUUAACUGGGCUCGAGUGGACUUGCUGCAGCCGGAGCCUGUCAAGACCAUCGUGCUCACCGCCCCAGUCAACGCCGCACUUCCAUACUUCGCAAACAUCACCAUCAGG